UACUGUCGCCUACAGUUGCACAAGACACACGUAUCUCAAUCACAUCAAGUCAUUAACCCACAGCAUCACCAUUUCGGCAUUUCCCAUUGGAGCUCUCAGAUUAGAGCUUCCCCCCAAACAAAUCCAAGCACCUGUUACAAUGUCGUCGACACAGAAACAAGCCAUUUUCAUCUGCUCCCUCAUAGUCCUCUGGUACUCAUCAAACAUCGGUGUCCUCCUCCUCAACAAGUUCCUCCUCUCCAACUAUGGCUUCAGAUUCCCAAUCUUCCUCACAAUGUGCCACAUGUCCGCCUGCGCCAUUCUCAGCUACAUUUCCAUCGUCUUCCUCAAGGUUGUUCCUCUGCAGACCCUCAAAUCGAGGUCCCAGUUCCUCAAGAUUGCCACUUUGAGUAUUGUCUUUUGUGGGUCUGUUGUCGGCGGCAACAUUUCUCUCAGAUACCUCGCUGUCUCGUUUAACCAGGCUGUUGGUGCUACCACGCCGUUUUUCACUGCCCUUUUUGCGUAUCUGGCCACUCUUAAGAGGGAGGCUUGGGUUACCUAUGCUGCCCUUGUCCCUGUUGUUACUGGAGUUGUCAUUGCUAGUGGGGGUGAGCCGAGUUUUCACUUAUUUGGCUUUGUUAUAUGCAUUAUUGCAACCGCUGCAAGGGCAUUUAAAUCUGUUCUUCAGGGUAUUCUACUUUCUUCUGACGGGGAAAAGUUGAACUCUAUGAAUUUGCUGCUUUAUAUGUCACCAAUUGCUAUUCUAGUACUCUUGCCUGCUGCACUUAUAAUGGAGCCCAAUGUUGUAGAUGUCACUCUGAAACUCGGAAGGGAGCAUAAAUUCAUGUGGUUACUUCUUUUGGUUAACUCAGUAAUGGCCUAUUCUGCCAAUUUGUCAAAUUUCUUGGUGACGAAGCACACAAGCGCACUAACACUUCAGGUAUUAGGUAAUGCAAAAGGUGCUGUGGCUGUUGUUAUCUCAAUUCUUUUAUUCAAGAACCCUGUAACUGUCAUCGGAAUUGGUGGUUACAUGAUAACUGUUAUGGGGGUUGUUGCUUAUGGAGAAGCAAAGCGAAGGUUUAGAUAAGUGAUCCAGUUACCAUUAUAUAUUUUGAUGACUCAAGAUUUCAUUCGAAGAGGUUAGUGAGAUUAUAUUCGACUAGAUUCUUAGCUGAGUGUUGUUUGGGGAUGGUGAGAGAGAGAGAAUGAGUUAUUUGAUUGUGGUGUUGUAUUAUUAUGUAUACAAGCAACUCGUUUUGUGCCUGAUUCUACCUCUGUUAUUUAUAGACGAUUAUAUAUUAACAGAAGUAUAUU